AUGUCUGCAAUUAUAUCAGCUGUAUUUAAAGCCACCAUCGGCUUGAUUGUGAAUAAAGGAAGAGAUGUAGCGGCGGAGAGGAUGAAAGAAGGUGACGUGGCUGAUCAGAAAUUUCGCAGCCUCAUCGUGCGUGAGUUGAAAGAGAUCCACUACAAGUUGCAGGGGCACCCAACGAGGAUAUAGUUCAAAACCACUUAACAUCGCAUUGUUGGACGUAUUUUAGUAUUCAAACGGUAGAUAUAGGCAUAUUUUUAUCCCCUAAAAACUUUUCAUCUGUUCGGAUUUCCUAGCUGAAAAUCCAGUGAUCCGAAAAUUAUAGGGAUAAAAACUUACCUUCUCGAAAAUUUCAGCCCCGAAAAGGCUCCCGAAAAUUCUAGGUGGCCUUUUUUAGGGCAAAAAUCCGUUAAAAAUGAGUAAUUAUACCAUUUUGUAGGUGUUCGAAAAUCCUAGGAGAGGCAGGCAAGCAAGAAAUUUUACAACAAAUGCUCCGAAAAUUCUAGAUCUCAAAUCGUCUUCCGAACAGAUAUUUUCCCGAAAAUUGCCGUUGGGUGCCCCUGAAGUUGGAUGCGUUAUCACAAAAGGAUCUUAAUGCAGCUAUAGACUUCUUUGAAACAGGACUCGGAUGUCUAUACAAGGCAGUCGAUACAAUGCACAGUGCUAAUGUUAGUUUGGGAGCAGCGAAGGUAUCUGAAAGAAAUGAAGAAGAUGACUUUAAACAAGUAACUUUGCCCUCGGACACUGACCCUGAAAAGACAUUAGUCCUUGCAGAUGGAAUAAGAAACAUGCAACUAACUGAGUUGGACGAAACAACGAAAAGUCUGCUUUCUGACGCACUAGAGAAAUUCAGAUUAGCUGUUGAAGACGCGACACACGCCAGUAACAAUGAAGCCCUCAGCAUUUUUGACCGAAUCACAGCCAUUCGAUAUCGUGUUAUGGCGGCUAUGUUAAAGUCAGCAGCUGAGACAGUGAGAACCACUGGCGACUUGACAAAUACUUUGCAGAAAGCAUUACCAGAGUGCGAACAGUGCCUGAAGAAACUCAAUUCGUUACCUGCUGUUCAGAACAGCUUUAAAGUGGAGCUCAGUAAAGGUCUCCUAAACAUAAGAGGUCAAUUUGGUAAAGAUGAACGGAUGCAGAUAAUCUCUACUGUAUGUCAGGUAAAUCGCACCAUCUACGAUGCCAUGCGAACGGUUGGUAAAGACGUACAUGUCUUGGCGUGGCCAUAUAUUGACACCGGAGAAGAUAAAGUUGACCCUCUUCGCGAUGUAAGAGUGUUACAAGUGUUGGAGAAAUCAGAGAAAGUUGACAUGGAGCACUACCGCAUUACACCGGGGUUGUCGUUUGAUAUGCCAGGCAUCCACUGUGCUACUAACACCGUGGGACAGUUUCUGAUUGCAGGAGAGCGCGGGGAAACCGUGCAUGUUUUCGAUAAAAAUGGUAUGUUUCAGUUUAGGUUUAGGCCCCAAACUGAUGAUGCUAAAACAAAGAUUCAAAUUCGUGAUCUCGUCACUGAAGACGUUAGCGAGAAGAUCUAUUUACUGAUCGGACUGUACAAUGAAGAACGAUGGGAGUCAAGUGAAGUGCAGGUUUUAAACAAAACCGCUGACCUUCAGUACAAGUUUCCUGUGACACGCGAGAGUAGACUGGUAGUUAGCGGCAGCAAACUAGUAAUACUGGGAUCAAGGGAGGCUGACGUUUACGAUCAGAAUGGUGAGUUUGAUCGUAGUUUUGAGGUUUUCAAUAGUGGACGCGACAAGUAUUUAUUUGAUUGCACUGCUACUUACGAUGGUCGCAUCAUGAUAACUCACCGUAAAAGAGACUACAGCGAUUACCACUGUGUUCAUGUAUUCACAAUGGAGGGAAAGGAGAUUGCAAGAUUCAGAUCUGGCGUCGGAUUAGAUUUAGCCUUCAUGCGCUUUUCACCUCGCUCUGCAGGUGAACAUGUUGUCAUCGCUGGUUACAAUAUAGAGGAUGGGAUCAUAACAGUGGAGUUAUACACUGUGGAUGGAAAACUAGUGCGAAGAAUUCUGCUGCGUAAUAAAAGUAGAUCUUUUUUAGAUGGAAUUACGGUGACCAUGGAAGGACACAUCGCUGUGUUUUUUGGUGGAAAGGCCGUUGUAUACAAAAACUAA